AUGUCAAGAUAUCUUCGUCCUGAAACUUUUAAUGUGGAACCUGAUACGGCGUCUGCAGAUUUGCGAUGGUUACACUGGCGGUAUACAUUUAUAAAUUUUAUCUCAGAAGAAGCUUGUAACGAAACUGAUGAAAUGAAACUCAAAUUAUUAAUAAAUCAUCUAUCUCCUACCGUGUACUCCUAUAUACGCGAUAAUAAAUCCUACGAGCAUGCCUUAUCGUUAUUAGAUCACAUAUAUUUAAAGCCCAAAAAUGAAAUUUUUGCUCGAUAUACUCUAGUUGCUCGAAAGCAAAGACAGGACGAAACUAUUACAGAAUACGUACGCGCACUGAAAUUAUUAGCACAUGAUUGUAAUUUUAAAGCAGUGACCCCUGAAGAAUAUAAGAGUGAAUACAUUCGUGACGCAUUUGUUGCUGGGAUCACAUCCCAAACAAUACGACAGAGACUCUUAGAAAACAAUACCUUAAGUUUAGAUGAGGCCCUGAAUCAAGCGAUUGCUUUAGAAACUGCCGAACGAAAUUCUCAAGGCUAUAUAAAUAAUAAUUCUUUUAAUCUAAACGCUCUUUCUAAGCAGGAGCAAGAAACGCCAACUCAACAAAACUUAGCUGUAGCAAAUUAUUCAAGAAAGAAACAUUGCUUCUUUUGUGGUGGAAACAUUCAUCGACGAUUUAAGUGUCCUGCUCGUAAUGCCACCUGCCAACUUUGCACCAAAACAGGUCAUUUCGCCAAUGUCUGCCGUAGUAACAAAGAAACACUUAACAACGUUGUAAACGAAGAUGCACCUGUCGAAGUUGCUAUGAUUUCUGCCGCCUCACCUUCUAGUUUAAAAAGAGCUACGGUAUCAGUAACAAUUAACAAUUACGAAGCCGAUGCACUUAUUGAUACUGGUAGUUCAGUAAGUUUCGUAAGCGGUUCUUUAGCGCAAACAAUAAACCUGAAAAGAAACCCUUGUAAGCAGGCCAUAACUUUAGCCUCACUUAAUCACAUAUCUUUUGUGGAAGGUUCCUGCGUAGCGACAAUCAAAAUUGGUCAACAUAUCUAUAAACGUCAACCACUCUUAAUUGUAAACAAUCUUUGUGCAGACCUUAUUAUAGGGCAUGACUUAUUACAAAAUCAUUCAGUGCUUGAAUUUCAGUUUGGUGGUAACCAAGGACCGCUGAAAGUCUGCAGUGUUAUAGAAGCAUCAGUUCCUCCUGCAACUUUAUUUAGUAAUUUAUCUCCUAAUAUUAGACCGAUAUCUAUAAAAUCCAAACGUUACUCUGAAGAAGAUUUACAAUUUAUAAACAAUGAAAUAUCUAAAUUACUAGAAGAAGGCGUCAUUGAGCCCAGCGUAUCUCCAUGGCGAGCACAAGUAUUAGUUACAGGAGGUGGUUUACAUCGAAAGCGGCUUGUUAUUGAUUAUUCGCUUACCAUAAACAGAUUUACAGAACUAGAUGCAUUUCCUCUACCUAGCAUCGAGUCUGUAAUUGAAAAGGUUGCGAAAUUUAAUUUUUUUAGCCAAAUCGACCUGAAAAGCGCUUAUCACCAGGUACCAAUUUUGUCGUCGGAACGAAAAUAUACAGCAUUCGAAGCAUGUGGCAAACUUUAUCCAUUUUCAAGGAUACCUUUUGGGGUAACAAACGGCGUCGCGGCCUUCCAGCGAACAUUACAAUACAUUAUCGAUACAGAAAAAUUAGCAGGAACGUUCGCAUAUUUAGAUGAUGUCACAGUUUGUGGAUACUCAAUAUAUAAUAAUACGAUUAAACCGGACAAUGACCGUCUCAAACCACUACUAGAUCUUCCAAUUCCUACGGAUUUACCAACCUUAAAAAGGACUUUAGGUUUAUUUGCUCACUAUUCGAAGUGGAUCCAAAAUUUUUCUCAAAAGAUCAGACCACUUAUUGGUAUUAAGCAUUUUCCUUUAAACCAGGAGGCUGUUACAUGUUUCAACUCUUUAAAGUCAGAUGUUUGUAAAUCUACUUUGGUAGUGGUCGACGAAAAUGCAACAUUUAUGGUAGAAACAGAUGCAUCAGAAUUUGCCAUUGCUUCUACACUCUCUCAAAACGGUCGUCCGGUUGCCUUUUUCUCGCGAACUUUGACUGACUCGGAGUGCAAACAAUCUUCUAUAGAAAAGGAGGCAAGUGCAAUCGUUGAAUCUCUGCGUAAAUGGCGGCAUUAUUUAACGGGUAGGCAUUUCUUGCUUUUAACUGAUCAACAGUCUGUAGUAUUCAUGUUCAAUCAAAAACAUUCAAGCAAAAUAAAAAAUGAAAAAAUUGAAAGAUGGAGGCUUGAACUUUCCAGUUUUAAAUUUGAAAUUAUUUAUCGACCUGGUAAGGAUAAUACGGUUGCUGACACUCUAUCUAGAGUAUGUGCUCAUAUUAAUUUUGAUAAUAGUAAGUUGAAAGAAAUUCAUGAACUUCUCUGUCACCCCGGUGUAACAAGAUUAGCACACUGGGUAAGAACGAAAAACCUUCCAUACUCUAUCAAUGAUAUAAAACUUAUAACUACUUCCUGUAGAGUGUGUGCUGAAAUCAAGCCUCGUUUUAAUAAAAAUAAAUAUCAACUCAUUAAGGCUACUUCUCCAUUUGAACGAUUGAACAUCGAUUUUAAGGGACCUUUGCCGUCCAAUACGCAAAAUAAAUAUAUGUUAACGAUUAUUGAUGAAUACAGCCGAUUUCCAUUCGCUUAUCCCUGCAAAGAUAUGACUGCAACGACUGUAAUUAAAUGUUUAAAGGAUCUUUUCUUUAUGUUUGGCACUCCGCUUUAUGUACACUCAGACAGAGGAGCGACAUUUAUGUCUGAACAAUUGAAGCAAUUUCUUUACUCUCUUGGGAUAGCUUGUAGUCGAACAACUCCAUAUAAUCCCCAGGGGAAUGGACAAGUUGAAAGACUUAAUGGAACUCUUUGGAGAAACAUACAAUUAUACCUCCGAUCUAAAGAUAUGGAGAUAUCAGAUUGGGAAAAAGCUUUACCAGUGGCUUUACACUCCAUCAGGUCACUUUUAUGUACUAGUACUAAUGUAACUCCUCACGAAAGAAUGUUCAACCAUGCCCGAAGAACUUCAAAUGGCGAAUCAUUUCCUUCUUGGAUGUUAAAUCCAGGACCUGUUUUAAUGAAAAAGAACGUGAGAGCUACUAAGUACGAUCCUAUAGUUGAAGAAGUAGAAUUACUCCAGCCCAACCCGCAAUAUUCGUAUGUUAGAUUGCCAGACGGAAGAGAAACUACAAUUUCUAACAGACAAUUGGCUCCACUACCAGAAAAUUUAGAAGAUUGUAAUGAAGAACAUGAAAUCCAAAAUUCUGAAAAUAUUCAAGAUGAAAAUCCCAUUCCUAACCAAGAAUCUGAUGAAUACAAUCAACCUCCUGAACUCCCUUCCACGAGUUCGUCAUUCAAAGAACGUCGUUCGACACGGCAGCGAAGAAUGCCGAACUAUUUAAACGAUUACGUUGUGUCUUGA